UCGCUUACCUGAGCUGGAGGAAGCAGGUCGAGGGGCUUUCAUGGUCGAGGGGAGAGAAGUGCAGGGACACCUUCAGUCAGUCUGACAGGACUCUGACCGCCGCAGAGCCGACACUCACCCCGCCGAACGCCUGCUCAGUCAGCGCACACAGGCUGAGCACACAGAGGAAAGACAGAAUGGCGAAAGACACGCGCGAGAGAGUGCCCUCACGAAAGUUUAGUGCAUCACACUGGAGGCUCCAGAACAUUGCACAGGAAUCAAUGGACAGCUCAGAUGAGGAGUUCUUUGAUGCCCGAGAUGUGAUGGAGGGGAAGACGGCCAUACUGUUGGGAAUGAGUCAGUGGAACUCCAAUGAUCUGGUGGAGCAGAUUGAGACGCUGGGACACUUAGAGCGCUCACGAGAGAGUUUAUACAGACUGAGGCAUCCUCGUUGUGCACCACAGAGCAGUGUGGAUGGCCUGGAGGAUAUGGAGAGGAAGUGCAGGACACAGCUGUUGAUACUGGUCGUUCAUGGAGGUCAUAUUCUGGACUCUGGAGGUGGUGACCCAGGUGGAAAGGCGGGUGACGCUGCCACGCUGGCCUCAGUACUGGAGCGGGUGGCGCGGGCUCACUUCCAGGAAGCAGCGGACGGCCUGCUGGUGCGGCUGGUACCCUGCCCGCCGGUCUGUGCUGAGGCUUUCUCUCUCGUCUCUCAUUUGAAUCCAUACAGCUAUGAUGAGAGCUGUGUUUCCAGUAGCGUGGACCAUCUGCCGUUGGCUGCUCUCCCUAUCCUCGCCAUCGCUGCUCCGCGAUACCAGGACGCUGUGGCUUCAGUAAUCACUCAGGCCAAUCAGGUCUACCACAACUUCCUCCAGUCUCCAGAGGGCCUGGGCUUCUCUGGGCAGGUGUGCCUGGUGGCAGACUGUGUUGGUGGAGUGCUAUGUUUUGAUGCCUUGUGUUUCAGCGGCGACAAACAACACAGAAGUCCUGAAUCUAACAGCAGAAACAACAGCACUGAGAGCCUCAAGGAAAAGCCCAGCAUGAUGAGCAGUUUGAGUCCCACUCUGAGGGGCAGUAAGCGCCUCAGCAAGAGCAACAUCGACGUCUCCACUCCUUGUGAGUCAGGCCCAGGCAUCCGCAGUCCACUUAUCCGCAAGCAGAGUGACUCAUGCGACGCAGACGUUGCAGGAGGUCAGAGAGAAGUCUUCUUCAGCAGUUUGUCUCAGGAUGAACAGAGCAGCUCGAAGCACCCAGGUUGCUUUGACUUUGAGGUUUCAGACUGCUUUCUGCUCGGCUGCCCUCUGGGGCUGGUGCUUGCCAUGAGGAGAACUGUGUUACCUGCUUUUCAGGUGUCCCAGCUGCAUCCAGCCUGCUCUCAGAUCUUCAACCUCUUCUACCCGUCGGACCCCUCCGCCUCACGCCUGGAGCCCCUGCUGCAUCCUUCUCUCACCCAGCUGCCCCCCUUCCCUGUGCCCCGCUACCAGCGCUACCCACUGGGUGAUGGACGCUCCACUCAUAUCUCUGACACAGUUGUCAAACACCCAUCGGAUGGCAGCGGAGCUCCAGAUGCCAUUCAGGCUCCGUGCUGCCCUGGAGGUGGCUGCAGGCCAGGAAGGGCAGUGACUGACCCUGAAAACAGCACACCUGCACCCGGCCAGCCAGACUGCACCAUCUCACAGUUAUGCAGUAGGUGGUGGGGCUGUAAGCGGCUGGAUUAUGUGCUGUACUGUCCAGACGUGCUCAAUGCCUUCCCUACUGUAGCGCUGCCUCCACUGUUCCACGCUUCCUACUGGGAGUCUACUGACGCCAUGGCCUUCAUCCUCAGACAGGUGUUGCGGUGUGACUGUUUGAAGGCAGGUGAAGCAGACUGCUCAGACGCUAUACCCAUCUCCCCCUCCAGCCCACGAGAGAAGUGGCUCCGCAGACGAACACAUGUCAAACUGAGGAACGUGACGGCUAACCACAGAGUGCAUGACGUGAUUGCGACGGAGGACGGCCCACAGACGCUCGUGGGCAGGUUCAUGUACGGCCCUCUGGACAUGGUCACCCUCACAGGCGAGAAGGUGGACGUGUUUUCGAUGACUCAGCCUGCGUCUGGUCGCUGGGUGCUGUUCGACACUGAGGUGACCAGCAGCAGUGGCCGUGUGACCUAUACCAUUCCUGCAAAUAAGAGACUGCCUGUAGGCGUCUACCCUAUCAAAAUGGUGGUGAAAGGUGACCAGACGAGUGCAGAGGCUUUCCUCACUGUGCUGCCGCAGGGAAUGGAGUGUGUGGUGUUCAGCAUUGAUGGCUCAUUUGCUGCCAGUGUCUCACUCAUGGGCAGUGAUCCUAAAGUCCGGCCCGGAGCUGUAGAUGUGGUCAGACACUGGCAGGACCUUGGUUAUCUGAUCAUUUAUAUCACUGGUCGGCCAGACAUGCAGAAGCAGAGGGUGGUAUCCUGGCUCUCCCAGCACAACUUCCCCCAAGGCAUGGUGUUCUUCUCUGAGGGGCUCGUCCACGAUCCCCUGCGUCAGAAAACCAUCUUUCUUAAAGGCCUGGUUAAAGAGUGUCACAUUAAGAUCAGUGCAGCGUAUGGCUCUAUGAAGGACAUGUCUGUGUACAGUGCUCUGGGGCUGGAGCCUGCUCAGAUCUACAUUGUUGGAAGGCCAUCAAAGAAGCACCAGCACCAGUGUCAGUUCUUGAGUGAGGGCUACGCGGCUCAUCUCUCCAUGCUGGAGUUUGAGCACGGCUCGCGCUCUAAGAAGAACCGUAUGAUCCUUCGUCAGGGCUCUUUCGGCCUUUCCUCCAAGCCUGAGUUCCUGUCACCCUCACCAGACUUCCUGUCCUGCAAGCGCACUCCGCUCUUACGCCGUGCCAUGUCCGUCCAGCAGCCCUCUCCACCCUCCUCCUCGGCCUCCACACCCAAACCUGAGCGUGCACAGAGCCAGCCUGAGUCCCACAAGGACGGCCCAGAGAUCCGUAUUGAGCUGGACGAUCAGGACGAGGAGAAAGGGGGCUUUGCAGCGGUGCUAUAAGGGGUCACUUAGUGGAAAGAAAGCGAGUAGUCUGAGCCUCAAAUUCUCCACCUUCAGAGUUACAACUGUCUUACAUAUAUUGAACGCGAAGGUGGCCUUAGCUAUCACAGUCCUGUCAGUUACACUCUCAUUGGCUAUCUGCACUGCCACGUGUGCACACUAAUGUGCACUGCUUUGACAGGACACAUUUUUGUUCAUCAAGCUAAAUUCUAGCUAGU